UCGCACUCUGGACUAAGUAUGAGAGGAAAGUUGUCCGCCAACGUUCAUAUAAAUGCGUGAACUUGAUAAUUCUGAACACUUUUCUUUGCGCCAUUGAGUUGACAACUUUUCUUACGCGAUUUUUCCGGUAGUAAAAUUAUGUUACUGUAGUUCAGUACUUAAGUAGUAUUUGUACAAUCAACAAUGGCUUUGAGACAACUAUUGAUCGUCGUUGCUUUUGCUACACUAGUCUGUAGUAUUGAAACUGACGACAUUGAACAUAAGAAGCGAGGCGCUGGGAAGACGACGGGAGUGAACACCAUCCCCACUGGAAUACAGAAGCCCGAUUAUACUUAUGCCAUUUAUACCCAAAACCCGAAUAUACAAAGCAGUACAAGUCAAAGUUACCAAGCUCAAGUCCCUAACUCUUUCUAUCCAAAUCAGGCCAAUAGCCAAUAUUAUUCUCCCGUUUCUUCAAACGAAGGGACUCAUUCAAACUCACCUCAAGCAAAUCCACCACAUCAAGGAACAUCGCAAUUUGUCCCUUUAAACUUCAUUCCAAAUCCAGGUUAUCAAGCCAAAUAUCAAAUUGUACCAACUAAAUCAGCUAACGGUAUUCAAUUAGCUCUUGUCCAACCAUCUUCAGGGUAUUCCCCGCAGAAUUUACACGCAUCCCAGCCAGCAGUUUAUCCACAACCUGCGAACCAAGUUAAUCCACACAACAAUCAAUUAGUGAGUUCAGUUUUCCCUCACGGACAUUUCAAUUUCCCCAAUUAUCAAUUAUCUUUAGGCUCGCCAUAUCUAUCCCAAGCGCCUACAAUUCUUCUUCCGCAAUUAAAUCAUCCGUUUUAUAACAACCUUCUUUAUUCUAGUCCAGGUCAAAACAUUUAUUAUCCAACGAAUUCCCAAACUAAAUACAAUCAAAAUUCCCCAACGAGUACUACGAAUGAAUAUGACAAGUUACAAGGACCCGUGUCACAAAGUAACUCUAAAGAAAGUAAUGACAUUGCUGCACAACAUAGCGAAAAUUCCAUAUCUGGUUACAAAAAUGCAUACACAUCAGGUCGUAGUCAAACGUAUACUAAAUUGACAUAACGAUAAAUUGAUACGUUACUAAGCCUUAUGCUUUUGUUGUUAAUGUUAAUAUUUAUAAUUAUACUAAUUGUUACCGAUAUAGUCAUAUAAGCGUUACAUGUUAUUUACUUUUAAACGACUUCAAAAAGGAGGAGGUUCUUAUUUCUAUUUGUUUGUAUUUUUAUUUCAAUAAAUAAUA